GCAACUUUUUCUCUCCACAGGUUUUGAUAAAUCUCCUUCAUAGUGUGAACUUACCCCAAGACCGUCGUGUGCAAAACUUCUACAAACGUGUUCCGUUGGGUCUUGGUGGUGAGCGCUGUCAAUAUGGCCGUUCAUAACUUCACAGACCUUUGCCUUAGUUUAUAUACGAGGACUGUCUUACGAGGCUAUAAACAGACAGUAUACUGUGGGCAAUCGCUGGUUGUUGUCACCUGACAGCUGGAAUGGAGUCGCACUUUAAGGACGCCAUACGAACCCUCAACACCCUGCAGACCAACGCCAGCUACCUGGAUCAGGUGAAGAGACAACGCAGCGAUCCUCGGGAACAGCUCGCCGCUAUGAAAAGCUUCCUGGAGAGGAGCGGUCUGCGGGUUGAGGAUCUGGAUCAGCUUAACAUAAUUCACGUGACUGGAACCAAGGGGAAGGGGUCCACUUGUGCCUUUACUGAGCAAAUUCUAAGAAACUGUGGCCUGAAGACUGGAUUCUACAGCUCGCCACACUUGGUGCAGGUGAGGGAGAGGAUUCGCAUCAAUGGGCAGCCAAUCAGCAAGGAGCUAUUCAGCAAAUACUUCUGGCAAGUGUACAACCGCUUGGAGGAAACGAAGAGUGAUGACAUGUGCUCCAUGCCGGCAUACUUCCGCUUCCUGACCAUAAUGGCCUUCCAUGUGUUUCUGCAGGAAAAGGUGGACCUGGCGGUGCUAGAAGUUGGCAUUGGUGGAGCUUAUGACUGUACAAAUAUCAUCAGGAAGCCCAUUGUUUGUGGGGUUUCUUCACUUGGUAUCGACCACACAGCCAUCCUGGGGGACACCAUUGAAAAGAUUGCCUGGCAGAAAGGCGGCAUAUUCAAGCUAGGUGUUCCAGCAUUUACAGUCCCCCAACCUGCAAGCCCCCUGGAGGUGCUGAAAAACAGAGCCCAGGAAAUUGGGAGCCCCUUGUAUAUGUGCCCAGACAUGACGGAGUACGAGGAGGAUGGCGCAUCACUUAAUAUCGGUUUGGCCGGAGAGCAUCAGAGAUCCAACGCUUCGCUGGCGCUGCAGCUGGCGCAGACAUGGCUUCAGCAUCAAGGCUGUCAAGGUUUUGGAGAAAUAAAGAAUCCAAAGAAACAAAUUCCUGCAGUGAAGUGGCCCCUCCCCCUGGCGUCUCCUUUCCGACUCUCUGUUCCAAUGGUACAAGGUUUACAGCACACUAUAUGGCUGGGGCGUACGCAGGUUCUUCUGCGCGGGCCCAUAUCUUAUUACAUCGACGGCGCGCAUACCAGCAGCAGCGUGAAGGCUUGUGUCAAGUGGUUCCAGGAUAUGGCGCUCAGUGAGGAAAAAGCUGGAGGAGGUUCUGUGGUGCGGGUGCUGUUGUUUAACGCCACGGGGGAGAGGGACACCGCCGCUCUGUUAAAACUACUACAGCCCUGCCAUUUUGACUACGCCCUCUUCUGCCCUAACAUGAGCGAGGUGUCGGGGGUGGGCAUUGCAGAUCAGCAGAAUUACAAUGUGACUCUAGAGAACGUCCUCACUCGCUGCCUGGAGAACCAGAAGAAGUGGAAUCUUCUGAUGGAGGAGAGAAGCUGUACCGACCCCUGGAGCUCCGCCCUCCCGGUUGAGACUCUGAUUAAGGACAGCCCCCGCGGGUCUCCCAUGCUCCUCGCCCCCUCCUCAGAGCGCCUCCUAAACUGUAACUCCCUGGUGUUCCCGUGCAUCUCUCAUGCUCUCCAGUGGGCCACCCAGGGUAGGGACCCCGACUUCCCUUGUCUGGACACCAAUCUUUUCCACCACCAUCCUGUGGCCAGUUCCGGCUCCGUGCUCCUGCGGGAAGCUGCUCACAUUCAGAUCCUCAUCACUGGAAGCCUGCAUCUGGUCGGGGGGGCCCUAAAACUGCUCGACCAAUCCCUCACCCAAUGAAGAACUGGUUUAUGGGUCUGAUAUUACAUUACAUGCUGUUUACUUGAAUAGUGGAUGCUGCCUGGCAUGGGAUGGGGCUUUGUUUUUCUUUUUUCCUUUUUUUUUUUUAUAAUCUAUAAAAAUGUUAUGUCUUAGAACUGUCACAAUGAUCCCAGCAUUAGCGAGGAUUACCCAUUUACCUCUGGACCGUGUCUUCAAAAGGGCUGCUAUUUACAUAUGUCCCAAGUUAUCAAAUUCUAGUAAUAGGGGAUGGAGAUAUUUGGUUAAAAAUAACUAAAAUUUUACUACUUAUUCCUGCAGAAAAUAUUUAUUAACGUUUCUCAUGUGUUGA